AUGGCCCAUGCAGCCACCCGCUACAAAGACAACAUCCACAAGAUGAGGAAAGAGCAAAAGAAGCAUACAUCUGUGAACCAUGAGAUCUGGGAUGCCUGGAAUGCAUUUUGGGACACAGAUAAGGAGAAAAAGAAGUUAGAGAUAGCCCGGGCAAACCGGAUGAGUGAGCCGCCGGGCGCCGGUUCUGGACCUGUCCGCCAUACCGGGAAAUCUCGCUCUGCUAUCAAGCAUAUGGAUGUGAUGGCUAAGGAGCUCGGCCGGAAGCCGAUUGCGACAGAGCUAUACAGUCGCCUUCACUCCACGAAGGCUGAGAAGAAACCGGUCGACAAGAGGGCUCACGACAUGACUGACUUCCCUGAAAAAUGGGUCGCCAUCGCCGAGAGGCUUGCUGCUGCGACACAGUCGCCGAUCGAGGAGGGUAUCUCCUCGAGUCCUGUGGAUGAGACGCAGCUAUUUUUGGAUAUCGAGGGCGUCAACAAGAAGUACCGGGUGUACGGCCUGAGUUCGACUAGCAGCAGGUAUGCAGGCCCGAGUAUCAGGCUGCAGCAAGGUAACUCUUCAAGGACAUCACAGCAGGCGGAUGAGGAGGUCGAGCGCCGUGUGCAGGCUGGCAUCCAGGAGGGCCUUCGGCAUGUUGAGGAGCGGUUGGCGGCGCAACAGGCGAGCAUGGCACAUAUGAUCCGUGAUGAGAUUGCUAGGAUGAUACCAAAUCUCCCUCCACAGUAUCAGCCACAGUUUCCGCCUCCCCCGCCAAACGGUAGCGACAAUACAGAUUUGUAG